CGGGUAAAAGGUUUCAGACAAAAUUUUUCAACUUAUGGCUAAAACGCAAAAAAGUAUGUUUUCCCAUACAAAACCCCAUACAAAUUUCAAUUGCAAUGCGCAAAGUGUAGACGCAACCGAUCGUGCUCAAAUUUUGCACAGAUACUCAGGACCUGAAACGGAACCAGAAAAGCUUUGAUCUGAGAAAACGCUUCCGAUGACCCACACUAGUGCCCACACGUAGAAUUUUGCAAUCAAGUUUUGCACUCGAAAAAUAUUUGAAUGCAUCGAACAUAGAUGGAAAUGACGCAUUUUUAGAAUAUAAAUGCCGCUGCACCUUGCUAUACAUCAAACCGUUUUUAAUUAGAUUUUGUUUUAUAUUUUACAGAGGCAUUUUAAAAUGUUCCCCUGUGUUAUAGGGAUAGGGGUUUUUCAAAACAUCAUCGCUUUUGAUCUUCUUCUUGAUGCAACAUAAAAUCACCAAUAUUGCUGACUGCACCCCAAAUUGGACUGACACAAUAAUGUGCACACACCUUCAAAGUGUGAUUACAGCGCAGGGAUACCUCGGAUCGAAUUGAGGUCUUCGGUGCACUUAUUCCUUGUAAAUGGAGGAAUAAGUGCACCGAAGACGUCGAGACGAUCCGAGGCAAAUGUGCACUUUUAUCACACUUUUUAGGCGUACCAAAAAAAGUGUGAUAGUCCAAUUUGAGGUGUAGUCUGCAAUAAUUGGACGCUCACCUUUAUCGACUCACCGUUUUGCAGCAUUUAACAGACGUAUCACUUGAAACAAAUCGCGAUUGAAAUCACCGUCACCAAAACAUGAUUGCUCAAUGCAGAUCACAUCGUAUCACAAACCGCUUAGGUAGUAGGAGGCGCUAGUCAGCAAACCUCAAACAGGAGCCAAAACGCCGUGAACGAACGGUUUGCGAACUACAGAAUGUUUGAACUUAUCAUUAAAAAGUGAAUUAUGUAAUUGGAAGCGAGUAGACGUCUGUUUGUCUGUGCUUAACUCUUAUUUUUCGUUUAAAACUUACCCAAAUCUGAAUAAAUUAAACCGAAUGUGUUAUUAAAGGGAAACGAUGAAAUAUUUCAAGCAAGCGUCGCGACGCCCGCCGAAAUUGCAAACGGCAGCAAAACAAAAACAAACGCAAAUGGACACGCGCCGCGCGCCAUCAGCGCUAAAUCCGCCGGCGAUUUUGCAACCAGAAAAGAUGUUGAAACCGGAAGUGUUCAGUGAAUUUCGAUCGAACAGUGCCAUCAAACAUUUUCGGGAUGAAAACCAAGUGCUGACUAUCUCAUACGGUCAGCUUCGGGAGGCCGUCGGUGAGGUACAAAAAGUUAUUGCGAAAAACCGACUUGAAGAACACUACCUUGGGGUUACUUUGGCCCACUCGCCAGCACUGAUCGCCAUCAUUUCUGGCAUCCACCUGAGCAAAGCAGCGUUCUGUAGCGUGAAGUUUCAGUGGUGGAAAACUGAUGCGCUCCUCACAGUGUUGGAAAGUAUACCAGCAAAUCACUGCUUUUUCCGCAAGUCUGAUGCCCAGUAUAUCAUAAGCUGUCCAGAAUACCAGAACUUCAAAAUUAUAAGCGAGCUUAGUCUGCUCGGAGAGCAGAUAGUGCUCCUACAGUUCAACUUCGAAUCAAAAAGUUCGAAAACGUUCGGACCGGAAGCUGCCUAUUGUAUUGCUACUUCCGGCAGCACCGGUCCGCCCAAACUGGUACGCGUUCCAACUCAGUGCAUUCUGCCGAACCUACUUGCACUGGAAAAGUUACUGAACGUCCACGAAACGGACCGCAUUCUGAUGUCCUGUCCGCCGACUUUCGAUCCGUUUGUGGUAGAUGUGUUUCUGGCACUGCGAAACGGGGCUUGCCUGGUUCUGGUGGAAAACGAGCUCCGAUUGGAUGCUGGUCGGUUGCGAAGGGUGGUGUUCGAGCGGAGCGAGGUGACUGUUAUGCAGAUUACGCCUUCGUUGUUGCGACAAUGGAGCGAUGAGGCUAUCCGAGAUGUGCUGCUGGGACGCGGCAGCUCCUUGAGGCACCUGAUUCUGGGCGGUGAGCCAUUCCCCAGUUGGCUGUCGAUUCCAUCCGAGUCUGUCGUCAAGGUUUACAACAUUUACGGCAUCACUGAAGUGUCCUGUUGGGCAUCCAUCGAGCUUGUUGGAGCAGAAACUGGCGGUUCAAAUGUCGGCACGUCCCUUGGCAGUCCUCUGGAUGACUUGACCGUGUUCCAGCUCCGAGACGUCGACACCGGUGAAGUGUUAGAUCUGGAGAGCACUGCCAAGCCUGUACGAGGGAACUUGCACAUUGGAAGUUCCGUUCGGAAAUGUGUCAUAGGCGACGAACCUCCGGGCGAUGUUCUAAGGAGUGAGGCGAUCUGCUAUAGAUCUACGGGAGAUUUAGUGGAACUGCAAUCGGAUGGGAAGUUCUACUAUUUGGGGCGUGGUGACGAAACGGUGAAGCGAUUGGGCAUCCGGGUUAAUUUGGGAUGGCUGGAACGAUGUGCAGAUCAAUGCGCGGCAGUCUCAAAGAGCUGUGCCAUUUUUGAUCCAGUUGGGCAUAGGAUUGCACUCUUCUACAUUUCCGGUGGCAAUGUUCAGGAGAACGACAUCAGAAUGUUUCUGGAGGAUAAACUGAUGGCAGAAGAAAUGCCUGACGACCUUAUAGAGGUAAAGGAGUUACUUCUUUCUGACCAUGGUAAAGUCAACCGUAAAAAGUGUCUUGAGCAGUUACAAAUCAAGGUUAUUACGCCUAGAAUAAAUUUGAAAGAUCUUUUCUCUCGGGAGAUCUCCAAACUGCUUGGCGUUCAUGUACAAUCUUCUGAAACCCUGAAUUCAAAGCGCGCCAAAUUUGAUAUCGAAGGUUCCUUCAUAGACGCCGGAGGAACAUCCAUUCAAGCAUUGCAAAUCUCCACAUCACUACAAGACUGCUCAAAGACUUGCAUUCCAAAUUUGAUUGGAAUGCUGUUAGACAAAUCUAUACCUUUAAAAGAUGUCCUGAAGUACCUGGAGGGACUUCCCCAUGAGGCACCCCCAUCUUCGCCGCAGCCAACCACCUCGGAACAAACACAACCCCUUAGUACAAAAAUAGUCGUCCAAUCUCGCUUCAACAUGGACAAAUGCAUCGAUGCAAGUCCUACCGAAUUCCACAGCGUCAAGCAUAACCUUCGGAUCGUCGCCGUUGGGAGCCACUCGCACAAGCUGUUGGUAGUGGACAUCGACACGAACCAGAUCGUCACGCAGUUGAUUCUCCCGGAUCGAAUAGAGAGCGCCGUAAGCUACCGCGGCGAUGAAGGACUCGUUGGAUGUUACGAUGGGUUGCUGUACUGCUUCGACCUGUGGACAGGCACCAUCCGAUGGAGCUUCGAUUCCGGCGGAAUGAUCAAAUGUAGAGCUCUGGUGGAGGAAUCUGUGAUAAUCUUCGGAAGCUAUGCCACGGAGCAUAACUUGUUUGCAUUGGAUAUGAACGGAGCCUUGAUGUGGAAGUCUCGUCUGGGCUCCAAAGGUAUCCUAUCAUCCCCAAUUUCCGUUGGCCCCGGAAGAGCUUUCGUAGCCACGCUUGAUGGAUCGUACUGUUGCUUCAACACUGCAAGUGGAUCCGCGGUCGAAUGGGAAGGCAAACUUCCAACUCCUGUUUUCGCCAAUGCCACAUUUCUGCAGCAGUUUGAUGCAGUUUUGGUGGCGGAAGUGCAAGGAACCUUGCACUGUUUGUCUGGCGAAUGCGGUUCAAAGUUGUGGCAAAUUUCCAGCGAAGGAAACGUGUUCUCCUCUCCACAAGUUCUAUAUCCUGAUAACGGACGAACGGCCGAAAUUUUGUUCGGUUGCCACGACAAGCACCUCUACUGUUACAGCUGGACAGGUAAGUGCUCAGAAAGUCCUGUUCAGAAAUGGAAAUUACCUUUACAGUCGCCGAUCUAUGCGACGCCAUGCAUUGCAAACGGAUUGGCUGUGGUGUGCAGCACAUCCGGAUGGGUCAAUUUAGUUUGCUUGCUGAGUGGGGAAAUCAUUGGGUUGUUGAAGUUGGGUGGGGAGGUUUUUUCUAGUCCCUUGGUUGUUGGUCAAAAUGUGAUUUAUGUAGGAUGUCGUGAUAAUAAUCUGUACAAGUUAGCAUUUACUAGAUGAAACAUUUGAACUAUUUGAUUGUCCGUUGUCUUAUCACAUCCUUUCUGAUGUUUUCCUUCUGGGAAAUAUUUCAUCUAAAGGUU